GAAAUGCCUCAGAUCCCAAAGAAGGCGGACUGUUGAAGGUAGACGCUCGAGUGUAUGGAAUGGUGAAAGAAACCAAAACGUACAGAGGACAUUUGGUGGGAUAAGGGGAAGAAGAAGACUUCCCCUAUAACGCUGGGCAAUGUUUACUAUUUCGGAUAACAUUUGUGCGAAUGGAAGUUUUAUUCCAGUCUGGGCAGUGCUCCUAGCAGCUGCUGGUGUCUUCUUGAUGCUGCUGGCAAUUGUGGUCCUAUCCAUAUGUCUUUGCCGGGUCUAUAAAAGAGUGAACAAGCUAAAACUGUCACGGAGUGCGUCGGAAAACACCUAUGAAGCCGAUGUGCAUUACGCCGAAUUACAGAACCUCCCAGACUCCGGCAGGGGCCAAUGCGAUGGCGGAGCCAACCCAGAUGCUCAGAACAGCGACUACGCUACGGUGGCCGUUCUGAAAGAGGAUGCCUGCGAGGAAGAUUUUGGCAGUCACCAGCAAACGGAGGACAGCGGGGUAGAGGAUGGGAUGAGGGAGGAGCAGGUGUUUGUAGAAACGGAGUCAACUUCAUGUGACUUGGAAUAAGAGAGCCAAAUGGAGGGACAGGAGUUUUGGGUGUUCCAAAUGGAUAGUAAGUCUCUCGUGCUAACCCCUUCCUUAUUGCGAAGCCCAUUUUCUACAGCUUUACAGGUAGCCCUCCUUCAUUUAGUGACCAUUCAAAGUUACCAUGGCGCUGAAAAAAAGUGACUUAUGACCUUUCCCCCCACACACACACACUUACAACCAUUGCAGCCUCUUCAUGGUCACGUGAUAAUCAAAAUUCAAAUGCUUGGCAACAGACUCACAUUUACGACGUGUCCUGGGGCCACUUUUGCGACUUUCUGACAAGCGAAGGGAACGGGGAAGCCAGAUUCACUGAAUAAACUGUGUUACUGAUUUAACAACUGCAAGGAUUCGCUUAAUGACUGCAGCAAGAAAAGGCUGUAAAAUGGGGCGUAACCCACUUAACCGCUCUCUCGCUUAGUGACUGAAAUUUUGGGCUCAUUUGUGGUCGUAAGUCAAAGAUUACCUGU